CUCGUACUUCUUCAAUCUGCUUACCAGAUGCUUGCCAUAUCUAACAGCGUGUGCCGACGUCGAGAAAAAUCAGAAUGAAAUUUCGGGAAUCAAGGGGAUUUAAUCGCCGCCUAAUUGACUGCCUUAUUUGUUGGUCUCACAGUGCGAAUACAAAGAAAGUUGAAAACUCGUUUCUCAACUCUAAUGCUAAUAAGAGCGUGACAGCCCGUGAACUUUGCCAGACAUCUGCUAACCUCGGCUAAACUCGAUAUAUCCUGAAAGUAUUUCCGUUUCUUAAGCUAUAUUCUCCCUGUAACAAUUUUAAUUUGAACUUGGGGCACGGGUACAUACUGUUCCAAAGCCAGGUGGCACAAACAAACUUGCAUAAUAUUUUGCAAAUAUCGUACGCUUCGAGUGCGCAUCGAAUCACAGUGUCAAUUUGUGGUCGGUUAGAUAAAGGUGUAAAUUGAAUCUUUCUGAGCGCUGAUAUGCAGAUAUAAUAAACUUUUGUCCGCGCUGGUUUCCGGUAACACCAUUAACCCUGUGUAGAAUCAUUUGGAGAGAGAACUUUAUAAAGUGAUCGACGCACGUUUUUAUACCGCAGGAUACGCAGUGAAGGUACAGCAGCCGGACUGGGUCAAUCUACCGAGGCCUACUGAAAACAUCUCAGCAUCGGCGAGGAUUUGAAACAAUGUGCUUCGCCACGAGCCUGGUGUGUGUUGUCUGUUUUCUCGAACUUGUCUUUUAUUGCUCUGGAUCUGUACAUGUGGCCAAGUUAUCUCCAAUAAGAGUGGAAUUAGGGCGAUCGGUGUUUGUGGAUCCGGUUCACGAUCUCCAAAUCACUUUUCCCGAAGGAGCGAUUUGUGAGGUUGUCGUCUUACGAAGUGACCCCUUGUCGCAGCGAGUCGGUUUUCUAGCGCCCGAUGUGUUCCCGUGCGAUUUCUCGCUCGGUGACGUUCAGUACUCUCACUUGGGGUCCAUGUUUUUUCUCCAGGAUUUUGUUAAGCUGCAAAUUCGUGUCGACACCGACAACGAGACUCGUUUGAUUCCCCUCAAUCUUCAUGUGACAGUUUUGUUCACAGAUAUGGAAAUCGUCAAACUCAAUCGACCCAUCACGGUGGAGGAAAUCGGUGGCACGUCCACAAUAAACGGCGACGUCCUCGCCUUCAAACAGGACCCGACCAAGAUAUGUUCCGUAACUCUGCUUGAUAUCAAAAGUGGAGUGAUUCCGCGCUACGGUGAGCUUGUUAACGUGACGAAAGGCAACGGGACCUCCGCACAGUUCGAAUGCGGUGAGUUUUUACGGUCCAAUAUUUCUUAUCAACACACCAAACGCUCUUCGUCAAACAAAGAUUUUAUUCCCUUGGUCGUAGAGAUGAUUGAUCCGAACACUGACAGUAUCACAAGGGAGUAUUUUCAGAUCAUUGUGCGAAUAAUGGGUGCGCGCUCGAAUCAGAGACCCGUGGCUUCCUUCGAAGCUUCUCAUUCCGUCGAGGUGAGUCAGUACUCAAUCGCGCCGAUAACAUCUGACAUUUUAGCUGCCUCUGAUACUGAAACCGAAGCCGGUGAGAUAAUUUUUAACAUCACUCAGGCGUUGCAAUCACGCGAAGGUUCCUUGAUAAACACAGAUGACCCUUAUCAGCCGCUCACUGCAUUUUAUCAAAGAGAUAUCGCGCAGCUUAAGAUUGCGUACAAGCCACCCUCUGCACAGUCCGACCAACUGCGUAUGUUUAGUGUGGUUUUGGAGGCAGUUGACACAGAAGGCGCUAAAUCUGAACCAAUUACACUUCUGAUCAUGGUGAAGCCGACCAACAACAAAGCACCCUUCAUCACAAAAAACGCCGGUCUGAGUUUAUUCGAGGGCCAGUCACGCACGAUUACAGAUCAGUUCAAUCUGGCCAUCUCAGAUAAAGACAACUUUAACGACGUUAAGCUGCAAGCAAUUAGCGGUCUACGACACGGUGAGCUUAGAAUCAAGCAUCAUAAGAUAGACACUUUUAUGGCGACCGAUUUGGAAAUACCUGUUAUAACCUAUCACCACGACAAUUCGGACUCAUACAGUGACAAUAUAAUUUUCCGUAUGACCGAUGGCAAAAACGAGGUAAAGUUUUUGUUCCCAAUUACAAUAGGUCCUGUGGACGAUACUGCACCGACACUUGUUCGCAAUACAGGCCUAGUAUUGGACGAAGGGGAUAUUGCAGUGAUCGACCAAUAUAUGUUAAGUGCGACUGAUAUUGACUCUGAAGACAAUAAGAUUCUGUUUAGAGUCGUCGCAAUUCCGAACUUCCAGCGCGACGCACGCUCUGCGCUAUAUUCAGCAAACAAGGUCGGUGUUUUGUGCUUAAGGACAAAAACUCCACCGGAGGGAGAUGCCGACAGGUGGAUUCUACAACAAGAUGGCUUCUUUGAACAGAACGUGACUCAGUUCUCUCAGUAUGAUAUAACAAACAGAAGGCUUUACUACCGACAUCUUGGAGGGGAGUAUUUUCAUGAUGAAAUCGCGUUUGUCUUGUCUGAUCAGGCAGAAGUCCCAAACGUGUCUCCGAUUAAAACGUUCCGAGUCACUAUCCGUCAAAUUGAUGAUCUUCCUCCAUCGCCGUUUCCUGGCUCUCUAAUGGAGUCAACCGCUGACGAAUAUGGACAGAUAGCGCUCAGUCAGGAGGUGUUGCGCUACGCAGAUAGAGAUUCUAACGACGAUGAUCUUAUGUUUUUUAUUACGAAAGAACCGUACUUCAUCAAUGAUAGCCCGAACAUCACGUCUUUCGCGGGAGAAAUCCUGUUUUCCGACACUAACGAAAAAGCUUCGAAAUUCACACAGCUUCAAGUGCGGCAUAAAAAAGUAACCUUUAAAUCACCUAACUUAGAACUCGGAACCAAAACUAGAUAUGCCCAGUUCGACUUUUCUGUAUCGGACCCGUCGGGUAAUACGAUCAAAGACCAAACCUUCCGUAUUGCCCUGAAACCGGUUAAUAACCAAGCCCCUAGGCCAGUUGUGACACCGCUAAAAGUACGAGAAUUCAGUGAAACAAUUCUUGGAAGGGAACAUUUAACCGUGUUAGAUGAAGACACUCCUAGAAGCAAAAUAUCGUUUACGCUGAUGACUGUGCCCCGUUAUGGUAUCUUCCUCAAAGAUGGCCAGGAAGUGCAACAAAGUGACGCAUUCAAUGUCCGGGAUGUUGAGACUUCCCGAAUGUCUUAUCGGCACGUGGUCAGGGGCGAGGCUAGUGACGAGCUUGGAUUGAUAGUUGAUGAUGGCGCGCAAAAAGUCAGCUUCCUGUUAGAAAUAGGUGAGUUAAAAAGAUUUAUGAUCUACAUUUUACAAAGGGCUGAAGUGGAGGCGUUGCAUGGGUCGAGUGGAUUACAUAAAAUCGCUGUUUGGCGCAAUCCCCCUGGCGCCACCCCAAGCCUUCGAUUAGAUACUGCACGCAUUGUGCUGCACUUUAAAUUUUUGCUUGGGGAAAUACAACGACUAUAGGGGUGAAUUUUGGAGGGCAACUUUUUCGCUCCGUUUUUGCUAUAGAACAUACUGAUAAAUACUACGCCGGGGUCGAAUCGAGUUUUCAUCUUGAUAUUCAACAUUUCUUUUUUUCUCUCUCCGUUUAUUCUACUAUUUUCCAAACAAGCUGGUUUUUGUAUGUCUCUUGGGCGAUUUAGGUUUACCAAGGAACGAGAACUGCUUAUAAUUUGUUUUAGAGUAACGUUUGGCUUAUUAUUUGACUAGACCAAAAUAUACAAUCCUGCGAUCAAACGUUCUUUUCUUUUUCCUCAACUUUCGCUCCUCAGAAUUAAACUGAAAAAAACGCCAGAUCACAGGUUAAAAAAUAAUAUAAAAAUAUAACAAACUCGGUUCAAACACCAAGGUUUGCCCUCCUCCACUUAAUUUUUAAGGUGAAGUGGCUUUUUUUUCAAAGCAAGGCAAACAGAUGCUUAUUUCCUGAUCUAAAAAUUGUAUAUUUAAUUCCUGAGUCGUAAGCUUUACUAAGAAAGGCAAAAUUUAGCUAACGAGAUCACUGGAUAACUAUGAAGUGGCUUUUGAAAGUUCAUUAUGUUAUCUCUGUUAAAACCUAAUUCCGAGAGACGAAAUCUCAUUAAUAUUUGUUUGACUACUCGAUUACUGCGCGUGAUACAAUUUGGAAAAAAGUAAAGCAAUGUUGGAUGCUGUCAGAAUCCCGACGCCAUUUUUCAUUAGUGAUUCUUUGCUGUCAUAGUUUAUGGUUGUUUUUGUCUCCAAGGCCGACAUUGUUUGCAUUCUGUAUGUCCCCCACUUUCUCGAUCUAAAUAACGUCGUUUUUCCGGCUUAAACGUAUCGAUUCAAUGCCUUUCCUAAAAUUAUGAAUAGACGGGUGCCUCAAAUGAGUCAGUUGUAAGUAAUAUUGCUGGAUUCAGAAUACUGUUAUCCUUGGUUGUAAAGAUUAAACAUGUUUUCUGAGCUUAAAUAAUUAAGUUUAUUGGUUGAAAAAUUGCGGUUUAGAAUGAUUGAAUUCUUUUACUUCUUUCCAAAGCGGUCAUGAACUGUCAUGAACUGUCAAACGGAGCUAUACGAACAGCCUGUUUCUCACCGAAAAGAUUUCGUGCUGAAACUCAAUGAAAGAAGUUAAGGUCAGUUUGCCUGAACGUCGUGUUGAAUACUGUCUUUCCACCAGAUACUCACAAAUGGAUUACAUGUGGGCCAGGAGAGGAAAAAAACAAAAAACAAAACAACGACAACAACAACGCAGACAUUUCGUGCAUAAAAUGCGGGUGGGGAAAUUGCAUCAAUUAAGCGUAAAAAUCUGAUGACAACAGUACUUAGUGUUUCAAAAUGAAUUUCUAUUUUUGACUUGUUGUCAAAUUAACCUUUCGUGCAGUUUAGUGGUUUUUGUUUAGCUUUUUUCAUCUUGUGCAAGUAGGGUGUGUCGAAAUUCCUUGUCAUGUUAGCAUUAAAAAUUAAACAAUCCGGGUAGUCUUUCUAGCUGAAUAUCACGCAAAAUUACCAUGUGGAUCAGAGGUUGUCCGAAAAUGACCAAUUUUGACCGAGAAGUAGCUUGAUUUCGACUGUGAACGUUUAUAGUUUGACCAAGUGUUUUGAAUCGUCACCUGGAAAAAAGACUGACUUAUUUAUGUUUACCAAAUUUUUUUUUGUCAAGACAUAACGACGGCUGGUAUGGCAUUACCUUCAAAAUUAUGUUUUACCUAGCUUCCGCAAAACAACCGUCUCUUUCCUCCUUGACAAUCCGCGAAAGUUAAAUUGUUUAUAACUAUAAGUGCGACUGGCUUCAACUGUCCUUGGCUGGAAUAAAGAUUCACGAAAAUUUGACAUCGUAGAGCACGGUUAGUCCUCGCUCUGUGAUCGUUUUCGUGCAAUCCAGAACGAAUUAUUUGAGUGUUGAAGUUUUAAGUUUUGAGGAGAGGAAACACCGAAGUAUAUGGAGAAAACCGGCGCAAGGAUUCCGGAGAAAGGACAACACACUCAACCCGCAUAUGGCGUUGACUGUUGGAUGCAAACGUGAACCAUAUUUCAGGAAAACCGAGUGCUUUUCUGAUUCACUGACUUAAUUAUAAGGACCGUCAAGAUUUUCCAGUCAAAGAUAAUUAAAGACAACCCAAAGAACAAAAGUGGCUCAUUGUUUUUCGUUAAAAAAAUGAGCCGGUUUUUCAGUUGUCGAGAUCAAAGAUUGUGAUUUUUCCUUAUAAGGGCGGAUUUCGUUCCCUGCGUGAAAGAAAUUGAUAAGGGAAAUUGCCGGCAUACCCCAUACCCUCCUCAUUUAAAACUACUUAAAAUCUCUCGUUUAUCGCUCUUAUCUAUGGAUAUCUUGUGGUAGAAGAUUGCAUAAGCGUGUUCUGAUAAGCCAAGGACAGAACUCUUGGCCUAAGAAUUUCUUCACAUGAAAAGAAUUCGAUCCGCUCGGCCUCACGUAUGUUUCCCACUGGGAAAAGAAAGAGGCAGUUUGAGAAAGUAUUCAGGGUUCGAGUCUUUUGUUAUUUUCACAUUUUUUGCUUUUUUAUUCUUAUAUUAACCCACAUCAGUCGGAACUCAUAGCUUGCAGCCUAAGAAAGACUUUUUAAGUGUUCAAGGCGCGUUUCGUUUUUGCUGCAAAAAGUAGUGUUGAAAAUGACAGAUACUUGUCCAUCCUUGAAGUGAGCAAGACUAGUUAAUUAUGUCCCCGAUAAUUCUCAUGAUAAGUUGAUUAACAUUCAAUAUGCCAAGCCGAUUAUGGUAUGAGGAAGUUUGUUUUGAUUAUUUUAAAGUAAUACCACGCUUCUAUUUGAGGAACAUGGCAUGAUUUUUUCCUGUUCGGCAUUUUUGUUGCGGUAAAUUUGAAUCGAACACAUGAUUAACUCACUGAGCAAUUGCAAGAAGCAAAUGAAGUUUUUCGGUGUUACAAAUCUUUCUUCAUUUUACUAUAGGCGGUUGAUAGUCUGUCUUUUCCAGUAUUGAAAAGAUAAUUGUACCUUUUAUCUUCAACAACAAAUACAGUUUCAAAGUUUUCUUGCUAGUGAAUUAACCAAAGAGGCGCAAGAAAGGGGCCAGUUGACAUUCGCUGUGCCCCUGUCAUAACACGAGACUUUCCCAUUGCAAGCAAAACACAUUUCACAUUACUUGCAUUCAAGAAAGACCUAUAGUAUCACUGAGACAUAAGAGUACUGAAUUGGAAAGCUAAAAAAUCACGAGCCUUGUCACUACAAUCGUAUUUAAGUAUUUGUUGAUUUGUUAUCACAACAUACGACAUUAUUUUCACAGGUGGGGAAGCUUAUAUUUGUAACCGUGCGCUUUUCGUGAAAUGUGCUAGGAUUUUCUUUCGAGCUUUCAUUGCGAUAAACCUUUAAACAUCUGAAACUUUAGUCACCUGGAUAAAACCCCUUAAUCUACGCUAAACUGAUUAACUUUCACACGAACGACUGUAAUCGCUGACUAAAAAUAAAAUAAUUUUUUCUGCUAAUUUUUUGCUUGUCCCAGUAAGAGAAGACGCAGUUACAUGUUUCAGCUUUUUGAAACGAUACUUCCCCAAGAUUAUGUCACUAGCACACUUUUCGUGACUACAGUUAACUAUUGUUAGACACAACUAAUUUCUUUUCUAAACCGGAGACAUGGGUUGUUCUCUAAUAGGAUUAAAGCAAUUGUUGUUAGCACCUCGAAAUGCCCUUUUAUCAGACAAGUCUUUUAGUGCAUGGAAAAAUUUCAAUGUUACAGCUUGUUCACUACCAUAAAGAAAGUUUCUUUUUUUAAAAUAAUAAUGAUAAUAAUAACAAUUUUAUUCAACUUUAAAUAUAUGUACAUAAUUUACAGAAAUAUUUGAAGUAAGAAUUAACCACUAUACAACACUGACAAUUAUAUAAAUCAUAAAAACGCAAUCACUUUGUCAGUAACGAUUUCCCAAAUACAUUCCCUGCGGCUCAGAUGCGAUCCGGCAAUAACUCUUGCAGGCAGUCCAGCGUUUUCAGUUAAGUCAUGACAAAAGAAAAUUAUCCGUCUCUGACAUUAUAAAGAAACAGGUUAAAAAGAAUAACAUCUCGUAUUGCUAAAUUCCUAAUUCUUUAAAAAAGUUCCGAAAAAAAAAAAAAGAGAUUAAUUCGGGCAGGCUCUCAUGUUUUCGAUCUGUAAAUCUGAGUCAACAAAGUCUAGCUGUCGUCUUCGGGAUCUUGAGCCUCUAAAGCAUAGUAUCGCAGAGCGUACGAUGGCGAAAGACACUUUAGCUCUUAGAAACUCAAUUUAAUCUCCUUAUUCUUCUAAAUGUGGAGAAUAAAAGUGGACAGUACUAGACUAAAUUUGCGUGGGAUUAGUUCAGUCGACACAUGUAUUCAACGAAGUGUAACUCCACUGAAAAAUCUCACUGAAUACACUGUUUUGGUGCGUGCGUAGUACGGAUUUAUGACGGGGCUGAGGUUGUCGAGCGAGAUUAGGGAGCAACUAAGACGUUGACUGUAGGGCAAACGUCAGUAUAAAUGAAUUUGCGUUCUUUCAAACUUUAACGUGUUUCUUUAUCCCCGCGCAAUUUGUAGGCGAAUUAUCUUGAUGUUGAUUUCUUAGGGACAGGAAAACUUCGUUGUCGUGCGUUCAUGUCCUCCAUAAAACGUCGUAUGUAUAAGGAUGUUUAACGUCGAAGUCUCUUAUGGACGUCAAAACAAAAAAAAAAGUGUGCUGACCUUGGGUUGAAGGGCUCGGUUCAUCCCAUUAAAAGCACUUCAUCCCUAACCCAGAGCUGUUAUUUUGCACUUUUUUUUUUCGUCCUCCCAACCAUCGUCAUUGUGGUUGUUUAAGCUGCCUUUUAUCUUCUCUACGGAUAGUUUAGAGCAAGUCUGGAAAAAAUGGCUUUCGGCGAAAGAUUAGUCUUCCAGCUUGAAAAGUCGACAGUCAGUAAUAACAGUUCAGUUGCCGGAAUGUUCGUUUCUUAUCUUAGUUAAUAGCAAAACAUAUCGAAUGAAGAGCGCAUUAGGACAGUUUUCUGUUGCUUAGUACAAAAUUCCUGUCUGAUCAGCCCACGCUCGCGUGUGGGAGUGUUACUUUUUGCAUAAUCUUGCGCGCGAAACCUAGACGGAUCGUUCCAUAAAGCCAAUAAUUGCACGCCACGCUCACAGGGCGAAAGUUCGAGAAAGUUUUUGUAAAAAAGUGCUCUCCUAAGGCGAUUCUGAAAUAUUUAGGAGGUUUAGUACAAGAAACAUUCUCUUUUGAAGGUGAGAAAAAAAAAGUAUUCUGCGACAAAUGCCUCGUGAAAUUUUUCUGGGAUCUUAAAAACCUUUUUAUUCCUUCCAAGCGGCAUUAUUUCCUCAGGCAAUUUUUUUGAACGAUUUUAAAGCAAAUUUUAGAAUUGUUUUAUUUAGGCUUACGAAUGCAUCGUUGUGUUCACAGAUAUUUGCAACUAACAAUUUAGAAGGUGAUCUUCUAGAAGAAGAUUUGUUGUUCCUCAAGUACAAGGUUCGACAAUCAAUUGCAAUCUCUUUUACUUCACUGAUCUCAUCUUACAUUAUGAAACACCCACUCUGCUCUGAUUGGCUAUGAGUUUUUUGGCUCGAAAGCGGGAUCUAUCACUGUUAACUUUCUUCUCUUUGAUAUACAACUUAACCGGUAGAAGUACGUAGCUAAAUAACUUAAACAACUGUGUAAUUUUAAGCCCUUUGUAAGCCAUAUCAAAGGAAAUGGAAGCCAUCGAAACCUGCGAAGAAAAAGUUAAAUUUCUCGCAAACAAUUCCCUUCAUCGGGCUCCGGCAAAAUUUUUAGAAAUAACUACAUUGUUAUGCUCUUUCGAUACAUAGAGAUGUUGUUUUAACAUUGUGGUUUGAGAAUGAUAAGCGUACGCUAAUGAGUAAGCGACCACCCAAAAGGCAAAGACUGAGUGGUCGCUUACGGGAGGUGGUCGUUUACAAGAAUCUAACCACAGGGGGCCUCUUCCGAGUAGAGGUCCGGGCACAUCUACUUUAUGGAAGAUAAUUUAUUGCAUGCAUUGUCUAAGUUACGCCAUGUGUAGUCCCAUGUUGUCAGUUCUUCGUAUACCUUUAGUAGCAUGGUGCACACAGCGAACAUAGAGAUCAGAGAAUGUGUCAAGUAGUCGCUUACAAGAGGUUGAAAAGAGUGGAAAAUCAUUAACCGUCAGGCCCAAAAAGUGGUCGCGAUCGCUUACAGGAGGUGGUCGUUUACUAGAGGUUCCAACUGUAAUGCUUUGACUGGGAAAAUUUUGGUGUUUUGGAUUGGCGGUCGCUUAUGACGAGAUGUGGUCGCACGUGGAGUUUCGUCUUUAUAUGAGAAGUGGCCGCCCCAAUAUGUUGAACCCCUGAUUAAAGGAAAAUAAACAAAAAUAACUUAAAUUAUUUGUUGUUUUCUUUAUUCUAGUAAUUCUCCCAGAGAAGAUAAACUUAACGAGUCACGUGUUCAAUAUGACUGUACGAGUGAAGGAGCACUCUCGAGAGCCAAUCAAAAUGUACACGACCUCUCAGAGCCCACGUGACGCAGACUUAAUGUUGCGCAUCUCUACCCCACCCCGAGUGGGAAGGAUUUUGCGUAAUGGCAAGAUGAGCUACGAGUUUAGUGUCCAGGACUUGGAAACUGGGUUGAUAUUUUACGAGCACAUUGGUAGAGAGACUGGGCUCCGCGGAGACAUUGAUCACUUUAACUUGACGCUUUUAAAUGAAACAAAGGCCUGGAUCCGAGAAGGGCGACGAUAUGAAGGUACGUUUCUAUAUGUUUUUCUUCGCUCGAAAUUUUGGUCAAAGGUGCUUUUGAAAACGGAACCUUAAGUUGUGGUUUUUUGGUGGCUGAGGAAGGAAUGAAGAGGAAAAAGUUUUUCUUUCAAACGGCUGGGAGUAUGGGUUCUAGUGUGCGGGGGGUCCAUAGGUUGUUUAAUGGUCGGCUUUGCAUGGCUUCCAGUUGUGUGAGAGAGGCUUAUGUUAUACUUAUCGCCAUUUAUUUUUGAGGCUUUGCCAGUACGUUUUAUAUUUAGUAAAUUGUUUUAGGGCUUUGCUGAAACUGUUUUACAUAUUUAAAAACGUGAGUCUAACUCUUCUAUCGCAAAACGACAAAGCAGUAUUGUGCGCGAUGUAGAAAGAGUAAGGAAAAAAAUGAAGUCUCCUCUUUUUUUCCCCCGUGGGUCUUCUCUCUACUGAAAUAGGGUAGAAAAAAAGUGAUCAUGAGUCAAAGAGCUCUCUGUCUCUGUUAUUUGAGAAUUCUGACUGUCAACCUCUAUACAGCGGCCAAUUGAGUCCAAAGCGGGUUGUGGUCGCACUAUCGGCGACUUAAUUUAUUUGAGUAGUGCCAAUGUAUGUUGCAAGAAGGCACCAAUUGGGGACACUAUUUUACGUCUCCAACUGGAGAAGGGACCCACUAUUUUACGUGGUAAUCCGAGCUACGCGGAGAUCUAGCCUCUUGCGGUGCAAAGGGAGUACCUUCAUUAAUCAGUUUUUUUAAGACCCUGAGUACUGCUCCGGCCCAUAGAAUCGAACCCGCGACCUCCCGCUCUGCAGUCAAGCGCUCUACUGACUGAGCUAAUCCUGCCGCGGUAAAUAAGACAUAAAAUAAGUUAAGAACCACCAUACUGAGAGACUAUUCCCUUUUUAUUUUUGAUUUCUAUUUUAUAGCGGUUGAAGUGGUUACUAUGAUCCUACCUGUUGAUAGCCAGCCACCCAAAGUGACUAAGAUCAAGCAGCUAGUUGUAAUGGAAGGAGGAUCGGCAAAACUGACAUCAGAACAUCUAACCAUCACGGAUCCUGACACGCCUGACGAUCGCGUUACAUGUGUCAUUGACGUCCAACCCACAGUGGGUUUUUUGGAGAACGUCACGCCAUCUCCUGGAUCGGAGAUAAGUAACACAGGCAAACGCGUCACGUCUUUUACCAUUGUUGACAUUAGAUCGGGACAUAUUAGCUAUGUGCAAAACCAGUACAAGGGUACUGAGCCCACGAUGGACCGGGUGGCUUUUUUAUGUUCAGACGGCAAUAACACCUCACCGCGUUAUCUUCUUAAUAUCGAGAUUUUACCUCAGAAUGACGAGAAGCCGCAAAUAUUCACGCGUGAUUUCGUGGUGGAAGAGGGAGAUGAAAUCAUCGUGGAUGUUACCGUGUUGAAUGCUGUGGACGCGGACGUACCUCCCGACGAGCUGGUCUUCGAAGUUGUGACGCCACCGCGUCACGGUAUGAUCACGGAUAGCAGACAAGGUACACCAGUACAAAGUUUCCCUCUGACGCAAAUAAAAAAGUCAACCUCGAUCGUGUACCAACAUGACGGAAGCGAAAGCACAAGAGAUUCGUUCGCGCUCUGCGUCUCUGAUGGUACAUACAACACCACUCGUACGAUACCCGUAUUUAUAAUCCCAGUAGAUGACGAGGAACCAACGCUUUCCGUGAAUGUGGGCUUGCGUAUCAAAACUGCAGGCGAAAGCAAAAUAAUCACGCCAAAAAAUCUCAGAGCUCACGACGUGGACUCCCCGGAUGAUAACAUUACAUUCCUAGUGCGCAGUCCUCCGCGGUCAGGGCAGCUCAGAAAAAUAUACUCGAACGGGUCUUCUCAAAUCCUAGACAAAGGAGAAAUGUUUUCUCAGAAGGACAUAAACGACAGGCGAAUAGUUUACUUUCAUAACGCACAAGUCCCUGAUGAAAGGGAUUACAUCAAAUUUGACUUAUCAGACGGUCAAAACGCGCAGCUAAAUCAAGUAUUUUAUGUGGAGAUUAGUGCGGGUGAUCGAAUCUACCCUACAGUUAUUAACAAAGGAGUGCGCUUAGCACAGAACACUCGCGUGGUUAUUUCAACGAAUGUUUUGAGCGCCAGCGAUAUAGGAAGUCCAAAUGAGAAACUGCGGUAUUCGCUAGUGAAGCAGCCGAAAAAGGGGCGUCUGGAACACUUGGACUUUCCAGGGGCGCGCUUGGAAGAAUUUACCCAACUUGAUUUGGCGGGAAAUAAAGUUGUGUAUGUUCAUACGAGCACUGAUGAGGCUAAGGCCGACAGCUUUGAUUUUGAAGUUUCAGAUGGUACUAACAGCGUGGUCAGAACAUUUCUGGUGACACUUCUUGACAUAGAUAACAAGAAACCAGUUCUUAUAUCCAGCAACCUCGUGGUAAACGAAGGCGAAAAUGUACUUAUUACACCUUUUGAGCUUCGUGCGGAAGAUCAAGACUCGCUGCCUGAGAAUCUCGUGUACACUGUCACGCGCGUUCCUCUACACGGUUGGAUUCUAAAUGACGCUGCGCCCUCGCGCGCGUUUACCCAAGAGGAUGUAAAUCUGAACAAAAUCUCUUAUGCGCACGAUGGCUCGGAGGUGGACAAAGACAGCUUUGAGAUCGCGGUUAGCGACGGAGCACACAACGAAUUCUACGUGUUUCCCAAUACCAAUACCUCUGCUCGUAGCAGUCAUAAGGUGCAGGUCGUUAUCAAGCCUGUGGAUAAUCGAGUCCCACAACUGGUUCUUAACCGUGGUGCCACUAAUCUUAAUAAAUUACCUGGUAAUCGACUCGGGUUUGUUAUAAGUGAUUCUGUGCUAAGAGUUGAAGAUCUUGACAGUAACAACUCGCAGUUAGUCUACACCGUCAUCUUCCCGCCAUCCAAUGGAAUUCUUACAGAAGCGGGAGGUCUUCAUGGCAACCAAAGUGUAAACAACUUUACUCAAGCUGAUGUUGAUUCCAAAAACAUAAUGUACGUUCUCCAUCAUGGAUCUAAUGCUAGCAACGAUGCUUUUGAUUUUGAAGUUUCUGAUCCUGCCGGGAACACGCUUCGACAUCAACGGUUUUCUUUAACUUGGGCGUGGGUGUCUUUAGAACGCCAUAGGUACGAAAUCAACGAAACUGACGGUGUUAUAAGCGUUGUNAGGUGCAGGUCGUUAUCAAGCCUGUGGAUAAUCGAGUCCCACAACUGGUUCUUAACCGUGGUGCCACUAAUCUUAAUAAAUUACCUGGUAAUCGACUCGGGUUUGUUAUAAGUGAUUCUGUGCUAAGAGUUGAAGAUCUUGACAGUAACAACUCGCAGUUAGUCUACACCGUCAUCUUCCCGCCAUCCAAUGGAAUUCUUACAGAAGCGGGAGGUCUUCAUGGCAACCAAAGUGUAAACAACUUUACUCAAGCUGAUGUUGAUUCCAAAAACAUAAUGUACGUUCUCCAUCAUGGAUCUAAUGCUACCAACGAUGCUUUUGAUUUUGAAGUUUCUGAUCCUGCCGGGAACACGCUUCGACAUCAACGGUUUUCUUUAACCUGGGCGUGGGUGUCUUUAGAACGCCAUAGGUACGAAAUCAACGAAACUGACGGUGUUAUAAGCGUUGUAAUCAACAGAAAAGGCUUUCUCGGAGAGGUUUCGUUUGCAGAGUUGUGCGUAAGGGGUGUGAAUGCAACUUUCGGGGAUGAUUUCUCUUUACUUGGUCCCGCGCAUGUGCAGUUCAGUCCCGGACAGAGCAAAGCGGAGUUCAAGUUACGCGUAAAGGAUGAUGGGAAAUACGAGGGUCUUGAAAUUGUCAAAGUGGAACUGAACAGUCCCCAGAUGUGCGUGAUCAAGAACCCUAAAUGUGCUAACGUGAUUAUCACAGACCCAGAAGAUGGUAUGUAUUACUUUGGCUCGUACGAGAGUUGCCUUUAAGUUUUUAAAUGCCAAGCGCAUGCUUUUCUUUGGCUUUUAACGUUCAAGAUUGUCGUAAAGGUUGAAUUUUUGUAUAAGCUGUGUGCAGUUUUUGACAACCUUUUUAAAAUAUGUGAAUUCUGACAGUUAAAUUUCGUCACCCAGCAAGCUCUCAACUUGAGGGAUAUACUGUGAGAAGUCCUGCGCGAGGAUCAAUCGAGAGGAUCGCCCGAAGGCGUCAGAGAGAGGGGCGCCUCCAUUCACGUGACGCUUGCUUGCGCCUAACUUUGCCCCUUCCAGCUGAUCGUAGGGUAACUUCGUGGCCAAAUCAAUUUUUUUUAUCUCUUUUGAACAGUAGUGUGAGUGUUGAAUUUCUUUCGAUUGGUCUCUCAUUUUAGUUCCCUCUGUGGAAGUUGUUAGCAAUCGGCUAGUUGUCGAGGAAAGCGUCAGAGAAGCUAAGAUUCCCUUGAGAAGAACUGGAGAUAUUAGUCAGCGGUUGUAUGUAACUUGUGUGACACACUCCUUCAUCGAGGAAGGUAUGUUGAAAAGAUUUUAAAAAUAAAAAAUAAAUUUUAUACAUCACAACCACCAUCAUUUCACCUUUUCAUUAUGUUGUUUUCAAGUAGAAAUUUGCAAACAAUGGCGUGAGUUGAUAACAUAGCAAGAGCUUCGAUCUCGGUUUCCUGGAUGAUUUAUUAUUUGUUGGCAAAUACAUCACCUUGUCUUAUGUUGAUUUUAACCAGAUAAUCAGCUCGUCCUCAAAAUAAGUAAGGCCGAGUUCACAUGUUGUACUCACUUAGCGGCCGUUGGCCCCUAGUGGAGUGUAGGCCAGCGACAAAAAGUCCCCUUCCCCCAUCGAACACUUUUUGGGCUUUUCUUUCUGCGUCAUUACCCUCCCACACGGAGGAUCCAUUCCUCCCAGAACGGGUUGAUUUUGGCUUGUCAUCGAUGCCUCUGUAACGAAGAUUUUUUCCAGGUAGGGGUGUUGGCCCUAAGCAAACCCAUUUAACCUCUGGUAGAGAAGGUCCGAUUUAGUUUGGCCUCUACCUUUUGACCUGUCCAGCAUAGGUGUCUCUACCAGGACCUUGUGUUCCCGCUGGCAUAGCUCUUCAGGUCACUGGAGCAUGCAAGCCACCACACCGCGGCAAUGAAUGGACCAUGUGGUUAACAUAGUUAUACGAAUCUUGAAUGUCGAGUUUAUUAUUUUCUUAAUAUUGUCUCCCAGGCUGGGCUACCGGUACCAUACCUACAUCUAUAUCGUCCUACGCAGACUUCAUUACGAGGCCUGCAGGCAAGGAAAGCGUCAUCACAUUUGAAAAGGUUAGCAGUGACCUGAGCAGUUUCUCAAACAACGUGUGUGUGCUGUAUUUGUGCCGCAGAAUAUCAGCAACUACCUCUAGUAGUUACUUGCCAUAGUCUAAGACACCGUUGUAUGGUCGGCAAUAGACGGAGACGGAGACUGUAAAACAGUUGCGCGGGAGACUGGGUUUGUGUUUUGUCGAAUUGCACUAUGGGGCUUUUUUGGCGGACGCUCCCACUUCUUUUAUUGUCUAGAAUCGUUAUGAGGUUGCGCAGGAAACUGAGUCCAAAUUCGUCCUACAAAUUUUCCCACAAUGCAAAUCGGCAUCAUGAUACAGUUCCAGUCUCAACCGCGUAUGCAAAGUGGCCAAUAUAACAGAUUUUUUUUUAUUUGCUUGACAGAAUCUACACUAUCUCUUAAUAAAAACAUUUUUCUUUCCUGCGCUGUAGUUUUUAACAAAAACAUUAACUUUCUUGGUUCCCCCAUUCUGAAGUGAUGUCACAAUUUGCAUUAGCCUUUUCUUUUCUUUGGGCGCAUUUGUAUUUUAGCGAAAUUUACCAUUUUCCCAUAGACCAUAAUGAACCUUGUUUACCCCAAAGUUCUGCAUAGCCAUUGUUUCCAAUUUCUCCUGGAUAUUACACUCGUUCCAACAGAGAUCGAAGAUAAUUGGGGUUAUGCGGUUGUGCAAAAUUAAGGGGGUUAAAGAAGGUGUAUGUUAUUAUCUAUUUGAAGAUGGUGAAUUAACAUUCGAUGUUUUUAAAUGCUUUUAAAACCGCUGCAAGAAAAAUCGAGAUGGAAAAGUUCCGGAAAACACCUUAGUGGCUUUAGUAGCCAAGCGGCCAGCGGAAGAGAUGAAAAUUUGGUUGUAGUUUAUAUCAUAUUGCCUUUGUCGUUUUAGGGAGAGACAACUAAAGACUGUCCAGUUAUAAUUAUUGACGAUUCUUUGUACGAAAACGAGGAAACGUUUUAUGUGACAUUGCUGUCUCAUCUUGGGAGCAAAAUCAACGACGAACGGAACACGAGCGCGGUUAUAAUAGCCCCAGAUUCGAAAGAUGGUAAGCUUGACGUUUGCAAUUAUGGGACUAGAUUUAGAUUUAGAUUUGCUGAAUUCGAAAUGCUGUCAUUGUUAUUUACAUGGUGAGUGAAAGUUUUGAGGAGAGAAGAUUGCAAGGGGACGCGGUUGGAGGUAGUAGAAUUGCAUCAAAAACUGGGCUCUGACAAGAGUGUAGCUUGUCGAUAGAAGUUUUGAAUUCGCUAUAUAACCGGCAUUAAUUCAACAACAACAAUCUUUAUUUGUACUCACUCAUUAUGUGCGUAAUGACUAAAGUCUCCCUAAGGCCGGUAGUGAAUAAGAGGUUAGUACGUCUAUACUAAGUUUCUUUACUUAUCUUGCUUUAGAACCAAAAAUAUUUUUUGACCCGUCGAGUUACACUGUUGAUGAAAGUGUUGGUAAGAUGCAAGUCGUUCUCAGGAGGAAUGGGACCGACCUUUCAAAGUCAUCCUCAGUAUUCGUGAGGUCGAGGCAGACAGACCCAAUAUCUGCGCGAGGUAAGAUCAGCUAGCGCGUUACUGAAACACAUCUUGGUUUCGAGAUGUUGAUUGAGCAUUUGAUACUUUGUUACUCCCCAAUUAUUCUUCAUUCUUGUAUAUGUUUAUAUCUCGUAGCCAGUGAAGACUAUACUCCAGUAAUCCAGAUGGUUUACUUUGCUCCUUAUUUCGAGCGUCAGUCAAUGGAGGUAACAAUCCGUGAUGACAAAGGUCUCCCCAGAGUGGAGGGGACAGAAACGUUUGAACUGGUUCUUAGGACUCCUAUUAAUACUGGUAUUGCGGAACCUAGCAACGCUGUUAUUGCUAUUGAUGACUCCAUAUCUGAUUGUAAGUUUUCUUUAAAGAUUUUUAUCCAUUUUUAAAGGCAAGUACCCUUUGUAGCCACUUUCGCCACGCCCCUCACAGCUCCCCCACAAAGCAGGCUCCUCCUUUAUAGCGACCUUUCACUAAAACGGCCUCUUACAUUGGUCCUUGCAGUUAGAAAGUCUAGUAACAGCGAAGAGGCCAUUUAUAAAAAUGAAUUCUCGCUUUUUCAAACUUCCUCGCGGUUAUUCCCGUUGGCUCAGUAUAUUAAUAUUAGGUGAACUUCCCUGGCGAAAUCGGCACACAAUGAUAGCGGUUUAUCAAAAACUUUAGAGAAAAUAAAGUCCAAAUGAUGAAAAACCUAAAAUACAGCGAUAAUUAAUAUAAGAGGGAUUUUUCUUCUCUUUUUUGGUCGAUGUAAAUUGAAUUUAGCUUUAAAACUCUAUUUUCUAGUACCCACAGUGCAAUUCGUGAAGACUUCAUAUUCCACCAAUGAAAAAUCAGGUGCAUUUAGUGUCGCGCUCAUGCGCACCGGAGACCUGUCAUACACUUCAACGGUCCGUUGCUACACCCGGUCCAUGACUGCGCAAGUGCAAAGAGACUUCAAAGAGCGUACCGACACAGACGCCUCAAUAAUACUGUUUAAUCCAGGAGAGACCCGGAAGUCAUGUCCUGUAACGAUCGUGGACGAUCUCGUGUUUGAGGGACAGGAGAUGUUUAAAUUGAAACUUGGAAGCGCGGACAGGAACACUCGGAUUGGAGAAAGGAACGAGACCGAAAUAGCCAUCCUGGACGAAGCCGAUAGUAAGUACUUUGAUAACGUGAUUUAAUAAAGGUUGCUUUUGGUAUUGGACAAUUGCGUAUUUGGAAGCUAUUGUUUGGUGGUCACUCAAACGUUCCAUUUCAAUAAGUUCCGUAUAUAUGCCAAAAUACCCACUGACCACUUGCCAAAGCAACCUUUUUAUUGCAUUAGCUAUAUAGAAAUUUAUUAUUCGUUAUUUUCACCGGAAAUAUAAUGCACCUUCCUCCUCCCCCACCUAAAAAAGAAAGAAAGAAAGAAAAAAGAAAAAAAAAAUUCAUGUCCAUUGUCUUCGACUUCUCGUGGGACGGCUGUAAUACCCACAACGGUUAUGUAAAUUUUUUUUUUUUUUUUUUGGGGGGGGGGGGGGGAAAAGAAUGUGGAUUUUUGGCGCGGGGAAAAGGGGAAACCGGGGGGAAAAAAAGGGCCGUGGGCGCGUUAACUUGAGACAUUGGGGCUAGAGGGGGAUUAAAGUAGGAUUUUUUUUCUUUUGACACUUUUCGCCCCUCCAUUUUGGCAAUGAUUUAAUUACCCUCCCGCACGGAGGAUCCUCCCCUCCCAGAACGGGUUGAUUUUGGCUUGUCAUCGAUGCCUCUGUAACAAAGAUUUUUUCCAGGUAGGGGUGUUGGCCCUAAGCAAACCCAUUUAACCUCUGGUAGAGAACGUCCGAUUUAGUCUGGCCUCUACCUUUUGACCUGUCCAGCAUAGGUGACUCUACCAGGAGCUUGUGUUCCCGCUGGCAUUGCUCUCCAGGUCACUGGAGCAUGCAAGCCACCACACCGCAGCAAUGAAUGAACCAUGUGGUUAACAUAGUUAUACGAAUCUUGAAUGCGGUGUUUAUUGUUUUCUAAAUAUUGUCUCCCAGGCUGGGCUACCGGUACCAUACCUACUUCUAUAUCGUCCUACGCAGACUUCAUUACCAGGCCUGCAGGCAAGGAAAGCGUUAUCACAUUUGAAAAGGUUAGCAGUGACCUGAGCAGUUUCUCAAACAACGUGUGUGUGCUGUAUUUGUGCCGCAGAAUAUCAGCAACUACCACUAGUAGUGAUUUGCCAUAGUCUAAGACACCGUUGUAUGGUCGGUAAUAGACGGAGACGGGGACUGUAAAACCGUUGCGCGGGAGACUGGGUUUGUGUUUUGUCGAAUUGCACUGUGGGACUUUUUUGGGCUGACGCUCCCACUUCUUUUAUUGCCUAGAAUCAUUAUGAGGUUGCGCAGGAAACUGAGUCCAAGUUCGUUCUACAAAACAGUCCCACAGUGCAAAUCGGCAUCAUGAUACAGUCUCAGUCUCAACCGCGUGUGGCCAAUAUAACAGAUUUUUUUUUAUUUGCUUGACAGUAUCUACACUAUCUCUUAAUAAAAACAUUUUUCUUUCCUGCGCUGUAGUUUUGAAAAAAAGCAUUAACUUUCUUGGUUCCCCCAUUCUGAAGUGAUGUCACAAUUUGCAUUAGCCUUUUCUUUUCUUUGGGCGCAUUUGUAUUUUAGCGAAAUUCACCAUUUUCAUAUAGACCAUAAUGCACCUUGUUUACCCCCAAAGUUCUACAUAUCCAUUGUUUCUCCUGGGUAUUACACUCGUUCCAACAGAGAUCGAAGAUAAUCAGGGUUAUGCGGUUAUGAAAAAUUAAGGGGGUUAAAGAAGGUGCAUGUUAUUAUCUGUUUGAAAGUGGUGAAUUAACAAUCGAUGUUUUUAAAUGCUUUUAAAACCGCUGCAAGAAAAUUCGAGAUGGAAAAGUUCCGGAAAACACCUUAGUGGCUUUAGUAGCCAAGCGGCCAGCGGAAGAAAUGAAAAAUUGGAUGUAGUUUAUAUCAUAUUGCCUUUGUCGUUUUAGGGAGAGUCAACUAAAGACUGUCCAGUUAUAAUUAUUGACGAUUCUUUGUACGAAAACGAGGAAACGUUUUAUGUGACAUUGUUGUCUCAUCUUGGGAGCAAAAUCAACGACGAACGGAACACGAGCGCGGUUAUAAUAGCCCCAGAUUCGAAAGACGGUAAGCUUGACGUUUGCAAUUAUGGGACUUGAAAUUUGACCUUACCAUUAGAUUUGAUGAAUUCGAAAUGCUGUCAUUGUUAUUUACAUGGUGAGUGAAAGUUCUGAGGAGAGAAUAUUGCAAGGGGACGCGGUUGGAAGUAGUAGAAUUGCAUCAAAAACUAGGCUCUGACAAGAGUGUAGCUUGUCGAUAGAAGUUUUGAAUUCGCUAUAUAACCGGCAUUAAUUUAACAACAACAACAACAACAACAAUCUUUAUUUGUACUCACUCAUUAUGUGCGUAAUGACUAAAGUCUCCCCAAGGCCGGUAGUGAAUAAGAGGUUAGUACGUCUAUACUAAGUUUCUUUACUUAUCUUGCUUUAGAACCAAAAAUAUUUUUUGACCCGUCGAGUUACACUGUUGAUGAAAGUGUUGGUACGAUGCAAGUCGUUCUCAGGAGGAAUGGGACCGACCUUUCAAAGUCAUCCUCAGUAUUCGUGAGGUCGAGGCAGACAGACCCAAUAUCUGCGCGAGGUAAGAUCAGCUAGCGCGUUACUGAAACACAUCUUGGUUUCGAGAUGUUGAUUGAGCAUUUGAUACUUUGUUACUCCCCAAUUAUUCUUCAUUCUUGUAUAUGUUUAUAUCUCGUAGCCAGUGAAGACUAUACUCCAGUAAUCCAGAUGGUUUACUUUGCUCCUUAUUUCGAGCGUCAGUCAAUGGAGGUAACAAUCCGUGAUGACAAAGGUCUCCCCAGAGUGGAGGGGACAGAAACGUUUGAACUGGUUCUUAGGACUCCUAUUAAUACUGGUAUUGCGGAACCUAGCAACGCUGUUAUUGCUAUUGAUGACUCCAUAUCUGAUUGUAAGUUUUCUUUAAAGAUUUUUAUCCAUUUUUAAAGGCAAGUACCCUUUGUAGCCACUUUCGCCACGCCCCUCACAGCUCCCCCACAAAGCAGGCUCCUCCUUUAUAGCGACCUUUCACUAAAACGGCCUCUUACAUUGGUCCUUGCAGUUAGAAAGUCUAGUAACAGCGAAGAGGCCAUUUAUAAAAAUGAAUUCUCGCUUUUUCAAACUUCCUCGCGGUUAUUCCCGUUGGCUCAGUAUAUUAAUAUUAGGUGAACUUCCCUGGCGAAAUCGGCACACAAUGAUAGCGGUUUAUCAAAAACUUUAGAGAAAAUAAAGUCCAAAUGAUGAAAAACCUAAAAUACAGCAAUAAUUAAUAUAAGAGGGAUUUUUCUUCUCUUUUUUGGUCGAUGUAAAUUGAAUUUAGCUUUAAAACUUUAUUUUCUAGUACCCACAGUGCAAUUCGUGAAGACUUCAUAUUCCACCAAUGAAAAAUCAGGUGCAUUUAGUGUCACGCUCAUGCGCACCGGAGACCUGUCAUACACUUCAACGGUCCGUUGCUACACCCGAUCCAUGACUGCGCAAGUGCAAAGAGACUUCAAAGAGCGUACCGACACAGACGCCUCAAUAAUACUGUUUAAUCCAGGAGAGACCCGGAAGUCAUGUCCUGUAACAAUCGUGGACGAUCUCGUGUUUGAGGGACAGGAGACAUUUAAAUUGAAACUUGGAAGUGCGGACAGGAACACUCGGAUUGGAGAAAGGAACGAGACCGAAAUAAGCAUCCUAGACGAAGCCGAUAGUGAGUACUUUGAUAAACCUGAUUUAAUAAAGGUUGCUUUUGGUUUUGGACAAUUUGCGUACUGGGAAGCUAUUGUUUGGUGGUCACUCAAACGAUUUAUGUCAUUGAAGUCCGUAUAUACACCUAAUUGCAAUAAGGUUGUCAUAGAAAAAAGCAAAAAGCAAAAAGUUAAAUAGGAAUUAACUAGCAUGUAAUUAUCAUAGCUUGCAACAUUCACAACACACACGCUUAUAGCUGAAUGUUAAUCACGUAAUAUGAGAAAAAUCAUUUGCAUCAGUUUCAUAGUGUCAAUGCAAUUCGAGGCUGAUUCAAACGUGCUCGAAUUACAAAGCACAUCGGAUAACUACUAAAGAAAAUAUGGCUCUAUUUUUUUUUUCAAUAAAUAUAGCCUGGGGUAAAUUCCAGGAACUCAACGCGUGUUUUAGAUUAGUGCUAAAUAGAAAAGCCAGUCUGCGUAUGGUUUGCAGUGCACAACACCAUCUGAUCACAAUUUUCAAGCAACAAAUCAGGGGCGUAGGCAGGACUUUUCAUCACGGAGAGGGUGAGGGGGUCCUCCACCAGUCCCCCACCUGAGCCACAAACCAAGCUUCGUUUGUCAGGACAUAAUAGAUUGGCGACUGAAAGUGCGACAACUGAGACUUAAUAUUGCUCGCGUCAAUUUACCUUUUUCUUUUUCGAAUUGUGCGACUUCUGUUGACGGAGAAUGUUGGCUCUAAAAUGACUAUGGCGCCUGUCUUUCUUUCAGCGCGGAAUUACAGAAUUAUCCCUUGUUAUUGUGAAUGAAUUCCUAAAUAAUUGUUAAAUACUGAAUUAAAAUACGCAAAUGUAAAUCACAUGGCUAGUUUAUUCCUAUUUGUCUUUUUGCUUUUUGCUUUUUUCUAUGACAACGUUUUUGCAAUUAGGUGUAUGCCCAAAUACCCAUUGACCACUUGCCAAAGCAACCUUUUUAUUGCAGUAACUACAUAGAAAUUUAUUAUUCGUUAUUUUCAGCGGAAAUAUAAUGCACCUUUCUCCACCGCCCCCUUCCCCCCCCUCCCCCCCCAAAAAAAAGAAUGUGAAAAAAAAGCAAGCAAGAAAGAAAGAAAGUAAGAAAAAGAAAAAAAAAAUUAUGACCAUUGUCGUCGACUUUUCAUGGGACAACUGUAAAACCCAGGAGAAAUUAAAAGCAAUGGUUAUGUAAAAUUUUGGGGGGUAAACACGUGUGACACGCGUAUGAAUAUGAAUACUCGAAUUUGUAAGGUAAUUAGAAAUAGCGAACCUCUCUUUAACCACCAUCAUGUACGCAUUGCGCACCUACGUUCUUAAUAGGCCUGUUGCAAGUUUUUAGGGACUUCAAUUGUCUUUUCUCUUUCCUGCAGAACCAGUUAUUCAGUUCACGAAAGAGAGAGUAUUUGUAGCGGGUCCUGUAGUAAGGAAUGCACAUGUCGAGGCACGGAUAACCGUAAAAAAGACAGGUGACCCUUUCACAAGGUCAAAGGUCAGGGUGUAUACACUUGAUGGAUCCGCGAAGGCUGGUAAAGGGUAUCAAGCAAUGACACAGGUAAGGACAAAAAUACUUUCCGUACGCAGGAGCCGAUAACCUGAAGCGAGCAACUUCCAUGUGCUCGUGUCACGGCGUUUUCAAGGACCAGUUUAUUUUUGGAACGGUUUUGGUGCGAAUUUAGAAUAUCUUUCAAGUUCCACAAACCAGUCGGCAACACCUAAAAAUGAUACUUUUUGCCUUUAAUGACGUUACGUUUUCCUUUUUGAUAUCUUAUACUUCGAAUGCGUUCAUAGACGUGGCGGAGAUUCCAUUUUCGCGGGAAAAAGUGCCCUAAAAUGUGUCUAAAAAUAAACCGGUCCGUAAAAACGCCGUGACAUAGGCCUAGUAUGGGAGUUGCUCGCCCCUGGUUAAGGGUUCCUGCCGUACGUCAACCAUCUCUUAAACGGAUAUCUCUGUAGCACGAACACUUACUGCCGGUCACAACAGCUUUGACGUACCCGAAUUUGCUGAUGCACAGCGUUUGGGACAACAUAAAACAACCACAGAAGCCAAACAUUGACCACUAGGUUUAAGUUUAUUGCGUAAACGGACCUCACCUGCGAAUGGUAGCGAUACCAUUACAAAAAAUAUAUUGUUCUCUCGCUCAAUGCGAGAACGAGAAAAACCAGUUAAACCCUGCUACAUUCGAAAAUUCAUGUGUGAUCAGCUCAAGUUAAGUGACCUUCAAAUUUUGGCAGUUUGGGCUGUCGCUUACGGGAGGUUUUUAAAUUCCCAAUUUCUUUUUAUAUUUCGCAGAUUUUAGAGUUUUCCCGAGGUAACUCCAGUCACGUGAUUGUGGUUAAAAUCCUGUUCGAUGCUCAAAGAAAGAUUCGUCGCGCGUUUACAGUCCAUAUGAGCCCGGAUUCUACUGGCCGCAGUGAGCUGGGAAGGAAGAAAGUUAUUGUGUACAUCGAGCAGCCAUCACGUAAUCCCGCCGUCACUUUCCCACUCCCGCCAAGGGUCGUAUCAUUGCGUGACUAUGAUGACGUCAGUGGGGCGGAAUCUGAAAUGAUUAAGGGCUAUCCACUAAUAUGUGUCACAGUAAGUAACUAUAGUGACCACUUCUACUUUUGUCGAGACUAUCGAGAUAAGCGACUCUCUUAGGACAGCAUUUUUACGUGGCGCUUAAUCCAAAAAAUUGAGUAUCCGCUUUUCUGUUAAACACGCAACAAGGUGUUUUAUCACAUAUGAAACACCAACAAAGGGACUUGAAAGCAUGCUUCUUGGACGUUUCGGACUUUGUGGUGACUUACGAAACACUGUAUCAAGUGCUUGUUAUCAAAUUUUAAAUGAUUUUGAAGAACAAACUAAGAAUAAAAACUAGGAGGUUUUUAAUCACAUCACGGCUUAAAUACGUUACUGCCUAUUAUAUGGUCAUGGCAUUUAUAAGAAUAAUUUUUGAGAUGUUCUUGAUCCACCCUCCGUAACAACGGAAUGUUCGUUAGUGUUGCAUGCUGUACUUCGUGUUCCCCUUAUUACUCAGCGUAGAUUAAUAACCACAAUAUUUUAUUUCCUCACACAGGCCUGUGAUCCUAAGUACCCCAGAUACGCCGAGACUGGCUCAAUUUGUUCUUCACAACGAAUUAAUAACAAGCUGACACAGUUCCGUUGGCAAAUCGGCGAGGGACUAAGAGACUUAACAAGUGACACGUUUUUCGCUAAAACUGAUCAAGUUACUUUGGAUAGCAUUUACUUGGUACCAGGCAGUCGGGUGCGAUGUGUCGCGCGUGCCGUCAAUGACCGCGGUGAGCUAGGCCUAGAAUCGACAAGUGCUCAAGUCAACAUCAGUAAGCAGAGGGGUCUAUGCACACCGAGGGACUCUGAUCAGGUGGGAUCGCAGCAGAUUGAAGCAUCCAUUUCCUUUACAGGGGCAACGGGAAAUAAGGACUCCAACAAAGUCCAUAUUAAAGUUAUUCUCCCUCAUACGGACGGACUGAUACCGCUAAUAUCGACAACACGACUUGCAAAUUUCAAGCGAAUACUUCGUCCAGGCGUGCUAAGGAUAGCGAAACACAAAUGCUCCAAUCUUUUAGACUUGAACGAAAUCACCACAAGUCUUGGGUUUGUAGCAGAUUCUAUUAAAGACCACAAAGGUAUGAAUGAGGGUGAACCAUAUCAGUUUAGCGAGGAGCUUAGGAACAACAGCACUCUACGCUUCUACAGAAAUCUCGACCUCGAGUCUUGCUUGUGGACGUUUAACAGCUACUACGACAUUUCAGAGCUCACUCAGUUUUGUGGCGCUACAGUGACAUCAGACGAACAGUCGAGUGAUAUUGCCCAAUCACAGCUCACCGUGCGCGUACCUUUGUAUGUUUCGUUCGUGCAUCGCGUUCCGAAGACGAGGGGAGACUGGGUUCACUACGAUCAUGCCAUGUUUUUGCGGCUGCACCUCACGUACGACACCGCUGUACUGUUAAAUAAUGGCGUGCAGACUCCUGAGGGAGACUUGUUCUACGGAGAACUAUGGCCUACUGCUAUUUCUGUACGCGCAGAUGAUAAGCGACUGGUGGUCAAUUUUAAAACCAAAACCAAGUUUCGAGGAAUUUACUUGAUCAAAAAUCCAAGUAUGUAUUUCUGGCUUGCCAUUACUUAAUUUAGUUUAAAGCCCUGAGAAAAGGGACGCGAUAAAACAUCGGAUAUUUCUCGCCAUUUCCGUGUUAAAUAUAUCAUAAAACGCGUUUGAAAGUAACGACUCAGUGUUUACGUGCGCGCGCCUUAUACAUGCAUAAAAGCGAAACUGAUAUUCUUUGCGACACCUGAGAAAACUCUCUUUUCUUGACCCAUCAAAUCUGAAAACAACAUUCUUUGUAUUCGUGUUUUCAGGCACUGAAGUGACUGCGCAGGUCAUAUCACGUGAGCGGCCACACCUCAGUUUUAGAUUAAAACUGUUAUCAAGUGACCAAACCUACAACUACCCACAGCAGAGCUGGCAGUUUCAAUCCCAGUAUGCAUUGCGAGAUUAUACUGGAGUAUAUUUCAUCAAACUGAUUCCUUGCACAGCGGACAAGGUUGGUGUAAAAGAAUCCUCUUAUGAGUCAGUUUAAUUUUUAUUAGUGACUCUUCCUAUUUUUCACCUUAUUACGUUUUGUUUGCCAAGGGUUCAGUUGAAUUCUUGCACGUACCUUGUUGUAUUUCAUUGAACUAGAGCUCCAGAAAUUCAAUGGACUUUUCUUUCUGGGCUUACUUCGUGAAUAGGCCAGGUUAGAUUUCUCUAAUCUGUUUAACUAAAUGGUCUUGAGGCUAAAGGCUAGACAAGCCAUAGAUCAGCCAAAAUUGGGCGGCGAAAUUACUGAAUAUUACCAUCGACCAUCUCCAGUCCUCGUGGGCGUCGUAUUUAAUAUCAGGAAUGGAUACCGCUUACGAAAGAUUCUUCAUACAGUUUUCUUACUGACCAUAGUGUCAAACGAUAUUCUAGGUGGCGAAACUAAACGAAGAACUGAGCUAAGUUUCUGCAGAGCAUUGAAGUCGGUGAUAUUUAGCAUUUUUAUUGACUUUUUAACUCCACUUAGGGAGCACGCUACUCAGAGCCACUCACGUGUCAUCCACGUGAUCCGGUGACUUUCACUUUGCCAAUCCGAUUCCAACAAGUCCCCGAUCCAGUUCCCGCGAAAUUCACUCUGUCUGCCAAGUUCUUUCUGAUGUCGCAAAAAGAUCAGUGGCUGGACCGUGUUAAAAUGGGUGAUUUUAAAGUAGAUGCUGCAUUUUCUAAAGGUAAGGCAUUCAAACGAAGAAUAUCAAAUAGGUUGCCUUUAGUGUUUAAAGCCUAUGGCUGCUUUAUGGCCCCCAACCCCCCCUCCCCUUAAUUCUAUCUUUGGCGUCGGUAGUUCUGUCGUUGAAAAGCCGAAAGACCUAACUAACAAGAUAUAAACGAACUUAAUUCAAGCGCUUAUGUGAAUUUUUGGAUUUCUUGAAUUAGUCUCAUGCUACUGUAAAAGUACGGUUAAACGGGCAACAAAAACCUGCAACUUGUCUUGCACCAUUUCUGCAAAACGAGUCGAAUAGAUACGUUGCUCGUUUAACCAACCACAACAAACCUGACUUGCAACAAAUCUGGUUGUUAACAGGUUUGAACAAGGGUUGUAAAACGCAGCAAUGUUGCAAAACGAGUUGCACGUUUAUGUUGCCUGAUUUACCGAAGCUUAAGACUAUCAUAUCGAAAAGUUAUGUAAUUGUUAGGUUGGCGUGUCGCCUCUAUUGUUUUGUCUCUUUAAAUUUGUUUUUCAAAAUUUUCCCUCGUCAUAUCAUUUCUGUUGAUUCAAGUUAAGUUUCUUUUAGUGAACUGUUUUAAAAUGCUACACGAACAAACCUGGUUUUCUUUCUUUCGUCAAGAGAUGCAAUAGGUAGCAUUUGAUAUAAGGAACAAGGCUUGGCCGAGUUGGGUACAGACUAGCCUCCUCAUUCCUCAUUAUGUUGUACUAUUCUUACUUCUGUCUUCACUUUAACAGGCUCAAAAAUCUACGGGCGCAUCAGUUUAAAUGAGGCAAGUGGACUAGGGAGGAGAGGGAAGGGAUAUGCCUUGGCAACAGAGAAGGUUUAUUUGUGCACUGGUGUCGGGGAGUACAUACCCUCUUACGAUCCAUUGAAGAACAAGUUUGGCUGCAUGGCGAAGUCGCUCUAUUUGGAACAUCAACUCAAAGUCCUGGUAAGUCGACUGUGUCUAAUAACGCGCAAGGAUGCCCGCGUAUUAGUGAGAAGAUGGUUUUGUGAUAGAUAUCCUUGAAGGUAUCCCCUGUACGGGAAUGCCCCGCCUGAAAGGGGUACCUAUUUUGGUUAGAGAUGAGGAGAUAUCAGGGGUUGAAUUCUUAAAAAGGGCAAAGAAAUUUGCCAUUUAGUUAUUUUUAAUUGCCUAAAAGAAACNACAGGCUCAAAAAUCUACGGGCGCAUCAGUUUAAAUGAGGCAAGUGGACUAGGGAGGAGAGGGAAGGGAUAUGCCUUGGCAACAGAGAAGGUUUAUUUGUGCACUGGUGUCGGGGAGUACAUACCCUCUUACGAUCCAUUGAAGAACAAGUUUGGCUGCAUGGCGAAGUCGCUGUAUUUGGAACAUCAACUCAAAGUCCUGGUAAGUCGACUGUGUCUGGUAACGCGCUAGGAUGCCCGCGUGUUAGUGAGAAGAUGGUUUUGUGAUAGAUAUCCUUGAAGGUAUCCUCUGUACGGGAAUGCCCCGCCUGAAAGGGGUACCUAUUUUGGUUAGAGAUGAGGGGAUAUCAGGGGUUGAAUUCCUAAAAAGGGCAGAGAAAUUUGCCAUUUAGUCAUUUUUAAUUGCCUAAAAGAAACUUCACUAACUGACAGUUAAACAGUUUAAACGAAUUUUAUGAAUUACGUAAGUUUUUUUUUACCUUUUUAACUUUUCACCAGCGAGUAUUUUGCUGAAAAGAAAAGAUGUAGUUUUAUGAGUUUAAAGUAGCCUAAGAAAUUCCCUUCUUACGUUUUACAGGACAGGGAAGAACCAAGUUCUGUAGACAAACAUCUCUCCGAUGUACCUUUUGAAGCGAAGUUUGCCGAAGAAGAGACCAACGCAACGGAGUUCUCCGAAGAUCCUGGAUCCGAUGGUUUUGUUAUGAAUAGCGCACCCCUUUUUGAGGUAGUAACUUCGAAUCAUAGAACUGACUUAGUUUUCAAACCUGUUGUUACGUUAUUUGUGGUACUUUCAUCUCAUCACGCGAGGGGUAUUCUCCACUCCAUAAACUGUAGUAGCAAUGGUACCAUCUUUGGACGCAAAGUUUACUGGGAUUGUUUGGGUAGACAAGCGUAAUUUGGUUCGUGGUAUCCAAGGGCAACUAUUUACCAAUCAUAACUCACGCUCCCCUCCCAAGUGAUCCCAGAAAGCUUUGCGCCAAAAGGUUGUAUCCAUUCUCUCUUUAGCCCCAAUUUUUGGAGUGGCAGUUAAUGUCGAUAUAUAUUUAGCUCCGAGGCUAAUGUAACAAAACAAAUCGCCUUGAGCUUCAGGGAUAAUUGUUACAAUACUUUUGUUACAUUCUCCCAAGCCUUGGAGCCUGCUAUGAACUUUGAUCCAUCGAAAUGGGUCCAUUUGACUUUAAUUUACUAACAACCGGUAGUCACAAAAGAAAUUACUAUAUGUAUGUCAAGAAGUAUUCUCUGUAGGUAGACAAGAUCCCCGCAGAGAAACUGGGUAAGAAAGGGUAGCUAAGAUGACAAAUACGAUGCUUAUUCUCCCAGAUUGUUCUCUUUACUAGAUCUCUUUUAAAGGUUUACUCACACAACUUGUUUUCACUCUAGGUUUGUUAUAAAUGCUCUCUCAAAUUGCAGGUUCCUAGAAACCGGAAAUGGUUUAUGCACGCUAUUUACUCCGUCACUUCCGGAAGUCGCUCCAGGCGCGCUCUUUCAGGAGAACAAGAAGUCCAUUCAAAGACCUCCUUUUCUUCCCACGUGUUAUCUGAGCUGGAAAAUAGCCUCGUUCACAGGUUGUUUCGCCGCGAUGCUGCCGGUAAGAGGCAAAUUGAAGUCAGCGGACAAGGCACAAAUAUCAAGAUGAUUCGUUUGUUGCUUGAUCCAGAGGAAGUGAAGCCUGAUUUGCCAUCGAAACAGAUUGAGAAACAGACGGAUACUAAGGAAUCCCAGGAUUCAAGCUUAGUAAACCCGCUGGUUCUUGGUAUCGCGGCUGUUUGCGUCGUACUUCUGGUUGCCUUAGUGGUCGUGGGCAUACUGUUUAGGCGGAAAAUGCUGACCCAACAAUCCUUGAGUGCUCCGACUGUGAAGAAUUCAAAGGAGGAGUCGGUUGCACAGGGGGGAGGGGUAGCAGUUUAGCUGCAGCUUAUAAAAGUGUACAAAUGUAAAGUUGAUUACAUUGUGUUAUAAAACUAUUGUGAGAUAAAAAAAAAACAAAACUGCGCAACAUGGAAGUGAUACCAUGUAAAUUUGCGAGUGAUUUGCUUAAACGCAACAAAGAUAUUGCCGGAAAUAACACGUCGCAUGACUUUCAGAAGUUCAAUGAUUGUCACGCAAUUUAAGAAAAUGUUACGCGCCAAAAUAAACAGAACAGCUUAUGUUCUAACCACUACCACUACGACAAACAGUACAGUUUUGCUUUAAGUUGCAGCGCAAGAUGCUGAUCAUCAUAAGUGAAAGCAAUAACUGGAGAUAAAAGUAUAAUGUUGUUUAUAAUAUAGAAUUGCUAUUUUAUUGAUACAAGGUCCCUUCACAGACCAUAGUUCACUUGGAU